AUGCUCGUGGGGCGCCCAGCUAGGGAGCUGGCGCUGGCGUUGUUCCUUCUGAUUGCCGCUUGGAUACAUCCGACACAUCCCGCCAAUACUGAAGUACGUGGUGUCACCUUGGAGAGCAUAUAUCCAGAAGUGGGCACGGCACACAGCUUCACGUCCGUCACGUUGUAUGGCGAGGGGAGGGUCCAGAACCUGCCUACUCUUGGCUGCCGAUUUGGGGAAGUGGUCAGCACGUAUCAGGCUCAUGUUCCUGGCCAGACGAUCACGUGUCUGACACCCGCUUUGGGACCCGGUUUCGUCAUCGUGGGUUAUGCGGUCAGGACGGGGACGAAGUACGCGCCGGUAAGGGACGACAUCAGCCUCGAGAACGGGGCGAACAUGUUUGAGUUUGCGCAACCAUGGCGGGUCACGUCGGUGUUCCCCGACGAGACGUACGCGAGCGGGGGUCAGUUGCUGUUCAUUCAGGGACAGGAUAUUAGACCAGAACUGAGAUGUGCUUUCGUGGAUAACUCUCCGACCGGUGCGACGAUUCACUUUGUUUCGUCAACCCUUGUGGUGUGUGAAGCUGAGGAGUUCAAGUCAAAAUCCAGUGGUGUGCUCACGCUGCAGCACAACUCACAUAACUGUCCUGAAGGACAACAGAUCACCGUCAAACAUCGUGAGGUACCAAUGAUCGAUUAUUCAGGUUUAUCUUCGGCAGCGUUCGGAGAGACGAUCACGAUCACCGCGACAAAUCUUAAUGCUGCUGCGCCAAUGAUGCUGUCAUGGCAAGCGCGGUUAGGAUGCCAGUUCGGAGGCGUCUGGGUUGCAGUAUCAACGCAAAGCGCCGUGAACAAAAUCAGUUGCACGAUACCAGCAUCCACAGCUGGGAAUGUUCAGGUUGUUGUGAGUGACCUUCACUCAUUUAUGCCGCUACCUUUGGAGAAUGAUACAUCCGUAGCUUUGGAUGUUCCACCAUCCGGCCGCUUCAAGCUAAUUUUGAGAGAAUCGGCACUCGUCGAGGCAAUCGUACCAGCCACGGGAACGCCCAGCCUUCGAAGUAACACGAGGACUAUUGAUAUUUAUGGCCGCCACCUUUCGUCGGACAUGACGUCGAUUGAGAAUCUAUGUGCAACUUUAAAGUCGACUUAUGAUUACGAUGUGCACCAAGGUGCAGUUCGGCUGAAAUGCUCAGCACUCCUCUUUGACGGGGGGAAGAUCCAAACCGGUCACGCAUAUAGAAUCGGUUUCAAUUUCGUCAGUAUUUUGAGUGGCCCCGGUGACGGUCCAGGCGGGGAGAUUCAGUAUUUGCUGCAAAACCCUCCGCGCAUACAUGGGUCAACUGCGACAAGCGCAUACGCAGGUGAUGUUCUCAUGGUAACUGGCCAAGAUUUCGUGGAUGUCGCGAGUCCUGUAUGGUGUUUCUUCGGUGUCGCGACGCAGAGAGCGCAGAUUGUGUCCUCUGCAGUCGCUCGAUGCAUUAUGACCAUAGAAGACCAUGCGCGUGCGUCCUCCCUUCACCGGUCAGCUUCAGGUUUGCAAGUAAUGCUGGGACUGGGCUUUUUGGAGGCUGCAGAGAGUACCUCCAACCUGAUAUCGAUAACCUCUUGGCUGCAGCCUCAUGAAGUUGCCGCUGUGAUGCCAGAUGUAGGAUUUUCGCAUGGCGGCACGCUGGUUUCAUUUUCGGCCAAGGGAGGAGUCGGUACUGUUCGAUUCCAUCCGUUGAUAUCGUGCAGCUUCGGAACCAUUUCGCCAGUUUCUGCUUUUGUUGCAAGCGGGGACACCAUGGCUUGUACAAGUCCUGCUCUCGCUCCAGGAUCGGUACUGCUAGGCACGCAAGCAUCGCGCACGUCGGACACUGCUGUACUUUACAGAGUCAUCGACGCAGACUCGAUCAUUAUCACACCACAAACAGUCGUUGCAUCUCUAAGUGGAGGGGUUGUAGAAUUCUUGGCAACCAGUUCGCAGCCCUUAUCACAGAUGGGAAUCGGCUGUGUCCUUCUCUCCACAGACCAGAGUCCUACAAAAGCUCGAUAUCAGGAUGGUGGAGGCUCACGCUUUUCUUGUACAUUGCCAACUACAGUUACAGGUUUCAGCACUUGGGAUUUUUCAGUUUUGACAUUUGCUGCCAACACCAAGCUAGCUUCCGCCACAACUCAGGGCCCAUAUUCAAACGUACCUGCGCCGAAUCUUGAUCACAGUGCCACUAUGCCCUCCAAAGGGGCCUCGUUACUGCAUGAUGAUAACCAAAUCAGCAUCAUUGAUGCAGCUCCCGUCGUUUUUGUCCAACGCCGGGCACACCUCAGCGAAGUAUAUCCAGGUGAUGUUCUAUUCAUUAUCUCUCGUUCAGGGGGCAUGGAAGAAUCCGCAUCGUGUGUGAUCAGCUCUGGAGGAUCGCAGACAACAGCAUCAUUGGAUUUGCAAACGAUAGUACCAGCUAUCGCGAUCUCUUCUGCUAUAACGCGUUGUGAGAUGCCCACCUUGUACAAUCAUGGAGACAACGUGGUCAAUGGCGCGGCGUUGACGAUGUGUUUGUCCGGCUUAUGCAUCGAAAACAAACUGCAAGUGAUGCAGGACAGUGCAGUGCUAUUCAUCGGUGAGGAACUCAUUCCAAGCGUCGUGUCCCCAUCCGAGGGUUCGUCAUAUGGCGGAACAGUGGUCAACAUAUCCUUGAGUGGCUCUGUUCUCAACCCUUCCAAGCCGGCAAUUGGUGUUCAAAUCGGGACCAUUGGGCCAAUUUCGUCAAUCAUUCUCGAGAAUGGUGCGCUUCAAUUUAUCUCACCAGGACAUAUUUCAGGCAAAUUUCCCGUGACUCUUGGGAGGGGGACGCCGUUGGUUGGAGAUGCGGAUUUCAUCUAUGUUCAUGUUGAUGCGGCUCCUUCCAUCCUCGAGGGUAAAGAUACUGAUGCGGAGAUAGCUGUCUCAAGCGCAGUGACCAAAUUGGAAAUUUGUCGAGACAUCCCUCCUGGUGAGGUUGCCGAGUUGACGCCAGGUAGGGGGUCGUCUGAUGGAGGCACUGAAGUGUUCCUUGUCAUCGAAGGGAAAAUUUCUCAUCCUGAUGACAAUUGCGGUACGUUGCGAAUAUCAUGCCGAAUCGGAACGGUGUGGCCCGUGCUUGGUCAAGUCACAGAUCAUGGCAUCAGUUGCAUCACACCGGCACAUGCGCCAUCCAAAGUUCAGGUAUCAGCACCAAAACUUGUGGAUGGUCCUGGACAGCAAUUCAAUUAUUUCAUGCUCUCCCCGGUCUCUGCUGAUAAAAGCAUCGGAGAGACGGCGAAUGAUACUAAUUAUCACGUCACCAGCUCCCCAAAGCUUGGCACACCUGGCGCUUCAAUUGAUGUCACUGCGACAAAAUCGUUGAUGACACCUUUCGCUUGUUUAUUUUCAUCUCCUGUUCGAGCUCUGGCGCCACAAAUCUAUGCUUCGCAUGCAUAUGUCAUCUCGAGCAUCAUGGUUCGAUGUGAAACUCCUUCAAGUAUAACAGUCUCUGGCGUCUCAUUCGUAGAGCAAGUAAGCAUUGAAAGAUCGGCUCCAAGGGUUUCGUUCAGCGCAUAUCGAGAGGCUCCAGAAUGUUACAUGAAGCAGAUCAGCCCGAAAACGAGCUCCACGACCGGAGGAGUUGUCUCGAAGGUUACUGUCGAGUGUCUUUCUUCCGGAUCGCUGACGAGCAUUGAUGCGCGCGUUGGAUGUCGAUAUGGAACUUUAGGUCCAAUCACAGCAACCAUGGGUGAGGGCGGCAUCCAUAAUAUUGAAUGUGCCGCUCCUGCACAUGCUCCUGGACCUGUCCUGCUUGCUCUUACGACGAACUGGCGAGAUGUUAAUUUCGAGACAUCAAGCUCAACCGACAAACAGAUUGUGCAACUAGCUUACGAAGAACACAAGGGAGACACUUCGGCCAAGGCUGAACUCGAGCUGCUUCCAAUGCACCGUUUUGAUGCUUCUGUCCCCAUGAUGUCUGGCGUAGUUCCUUGGCUUGUCUGGGGAGGCAAUCUUCUUCAUGUCACCGGAAGAGGGUUGCCAAAUGGUUACAAUUCUGUCUGUAUGGUUGGAUCCGUACUUGUCCCGGCUCAUUCGAUAUCGUCAGCUCUUGUUCUUUGUGAUCCGUUCCCCGUUCCGAUGCAAAAUCGAUCCUCGAACGGCAUACUCGCUGGUGGUUUGCAGGAGAUGUCGCUAAGUGUCGCAUCUUCUGAGCAUGGUCGUCUUCUCUCGCGCGGUGAUGUUACUCCGCUCAAUUUGCUCGUCAUCUCAGAGGCACCUGUGGUCGGCGUUGAUGUUCUGAACGGAUGGGAACAAGGAGGUGGUCACGUCAAUGUGGAGCUUGGGGGCUGGGCGCCCACGGGUCUGAUGGACUGUCACUUUGGAACAGUAGUUGUGCACGGGCGCGGCGGUGGCGGAGCUGGUUGGGCAGGGCGUGCGGCGAUGGGAAGGGCAGGCGAGUGGUGGUCAGAGGCGACGAUUGCUACCGAUGUCGAGUGUGUGACGCCUGCUCGGCAGCCAGGGAGCGUUCCUGUGGGUGUUUCGCUCGCACACUCCACAUCGCCCUCGUAUGGUAACAUCGAAUAUAAGUAUUUGUGACAAACGUGGGAGCGUAUUUCGCUUCCCUUUCUACUAAAGGUAGAGGUAGCUACUCAGCUACUAGUAGCUAGCUAGCUAGAGUUAGGCAAAGUUGGGAUAUUAUUGUUAGACCCCAUAAUAACCCC